CACGAUGGGGCUCUGGGUUCCGGGCAGCUUCGUCGGGAGAGAGUGUUUGUCUCCCUCUAUCGUUAUCGAAAACCCCGUCAAAAUACGUUUAAAUGACCCGAGCGACGAUAAAUGUGCACUCGACCCGCUUUAGUUCGCACGCAUCUCCCAGAAUGUCGGCGAUGAUCACUUAAGCGUACUUCGGUUUGGUUUUGGCGUCUUUAGGCCAGGCGUCCAUUUUCUCGCUUCUUUGUUUCCCGUCUUUACAGGCUUGACAACAUGGGGAACUGGCGGGGUUUAAGUCAGCGCCCUUAGCUAACGCUAGCGUGUACGGGGGGAGCUGACGCACGGCGGGUCUAAGGUCUAAACAUUGACAUUGAAGACUAAACACAGAGGGGAUAUCGCUAUUGGCGCACGCGUUAUUUAGCGUUACUCAACUUAAACUGUACGAAAAUAACGUGAAGCGUAGCUACUCGCGUUAGCCAACAGCUAGCUUUAGCCAACGGCCCGCGUUAGCCAACAACUAGCGUUAGCCAACAGCUAGCGUUAGCCAACAGCUAGCGUUAGCCAACGGCCCGCGUUAGCCAACAACUAGCGUUAGCCAACAGCUAGCGUUAGCCAACGGCUAGCGUUAGCUAGCUAGUCUUCUCCGAAGAUAACUAGGCCCUUCCUCCACCCAAGAACCCUUACGUUUUAAAGUUCCCCAAAAGCAACCACGCGAAAACCUCGAUGUGCCGCAUCGCACAGCUAAGCCGGUCACAAUCGCCUCCGUCGUUACGCGUGUUUUUUUUUUUUUUUUUUUACAUCGCUGGCCCGCCGGCGACGCGGAGCCGGGGGCCGCUCGGACAAGAGAAUGACGAGGCAUUCGAGUGAAAGAUUGACCGGCGGCCACCGAUCCCCGAGGAGCGGACACACACGAUGCGUUUAUCCCCCCCUUCCCUUCACCCACCCACCCACCCCGAAAUAAGUCCUCUUCCAUCGUGAAAUGUUGCAUAUCGCCGGCUUCCCAUGCCCGCGACGGCGCCGCGGUCGCGGGGGUUGGCAGUUGCUGUUGCGUCCGCCGCCCGCUUGUCUAUUCUAAGCCCACCGUGAGCAUCGUAGCCACAGAUGUAUAUAAAUGGCAGAGAGCUCCCUCUACGAUUCGGCUUGGAGAGCUACAAAAAUACUGCCGCGUGAAUGCGACAGCUGCCCCGGGUCACUGCCUUAAAUGUGCCGCUGGGCAUCCGAUGACGGCCUUUAGAGAGAGUGGACGCGGAAGCCUGCAAACAAGCCCGCGUUGUGCUGAACAACAUGGCCUUGUAAUGAUAAUACAGUUCACAUUAACCACGUCGUUUGUGUACAGUUGUCGUAUACUGCGAUUGUUGCAGCCACAUUAUCCAACAUGAUGUAAUGUCCUCUCUUUGUAUGUCUCAUGUAUAAUAACAAAAGAGGCAGUUGUGGUCAAACCGUUGGAUUUUCGCUGUACACAAUCUUGACAGAACAAUUGUGGGGCCAAAAGUUUUUUUUUUCUGAUCUAAAAACCAGGGGGCAUGUGACAUUUUUGAGAAAUGACUAGACCGCUGGUUACAAAUAAAUAUUUGCAAGAACCACAGACAAAUAAAACCCCUCUGCCCAAAAGAUUCUUGUAAAAAGCUUUUCAAAAAAUGUGUCCAUGUGACCAAUAAACGCAAACCUAACCGUGCUCUCUAUUGCAAGUAUGAUUUUGUAGGAAUUUAUGCGUUUGCAUCUGCUGAGAUUGGACGAAUAAAAAGAGUGGAGAGCAGCUGUUGUGGUUGUGGAAGCACUCAAUGACUGAGUUAAUGUAUCUGUCCGUCCCACAGACGGGACAGAAGUGUCCCAAACAGAACCGCUGACAUGGUCAGAGGUGCGUGGGCUGUUGAAGUCGCUUCAUCUAACGUCUCUCGUCUUCCUCGCUCUCCCAGAACCAGGAGUCUUUUUGUGCUUUCAAUUUAACAGCGUUAAAAGCUCUUAUUUCUGCUCAGAGGACGAGGAUGGAGCCAUGAGCGGAAAUGCACAAGUUUUUUUUGUGAUCUGCUAUUUCCCAUAAUAACGAGACAAAACCCCAUUUAUGUAAUUUGUCCUCAUUUCCAUUCAGGCACACAAGGCUGAUUUGAUUCAUUCUAUUAUUUCUAUUUGCCUAGAAACAUAGAGCAUCGUCAAAUACUUCCAGUAUGCUACAAUCCCGUUCUGGAUUAUUUUAAGGAAUUCAGACACAAAUGCGAAUAAUUCCGCUGAUAGAACAACACAAUUGUAACAAUACAAUACAACACUCAAAGCAACAGAUCAAGACGUCAAUGCUGUUUUUCAACCAGGUGGACAGGGACAGUCAGGUAGCAGAGCAGGUCUUUGGUUCAGCAGCAAGCAAAAGGCAGAGCAGCCGUAUCACAACGCUGCAGUCCGGCCUACGGAAACCAUGAAAGCAGAGAAUUUAUCCUUGUUAUUCCAGUUCCUACCCAUCAUGGACAGCGGGCCAACGGAGGGUGCAGGGGGCGUGGAGGUCCCGCCCAAAGACUUCCCCUCGAUCCAGGCUGUUCACAGUCAGGACAUGGUGGCUGACCUCCUCCAGCAAGCUGCAGAAGCCGGGGGCGUGAUGGAGGGACACGGAGGAGUCGUCCUGGAACAAGGUCACGGGGACGGAAUGGUAGCAGCAGCCCAGCACCAGCUGAUGGAAGCGGCGGUGGGGGUUGGUGUGGAUGGUGGGGCAAGUGUUGAAAUGAUGGUUAUGGACUCACUGGAUCCCAUCCCCCUGUUGCAGAUGAAGACUGAGGUCAUAGAUUCUGCAGUGGGGGGAUCAUCAGCGACACUCGGUGUUGUCGGUGGGGUGGCGGGUGCCGCCCACCAAGCCACCGUAACCACAGUGGACCAGACUCAAAUCAUCACACUUCAGGUGGUGAACAUGGAGGAACAGGCUGCUCUGGGUCUUGGGGAGCUUCAGCUGGUCCAGGUGCCGGUCUCUGCCACUACCGUGGAGGCCCUGCAGCAAGGCACCUUUGUAGACACCACUGCCAUGCCAAAGGACGGGGACCCGGUUAUCUGCCACACGCUGCCGCUGCCAGAAGGCUUUCAGGUGGUUAAGGUGGGAGCUAAUGGGGAGGUGGAGACAGUGGAGCAGGAGGACGAAGGAGAAGCACACCCUGAAGAGGAGGAAGAAGAAGAUGAGGAGGUGGGGAACCAGCUGCUGGAUGAAGUGGAGGAACCUAUUCAUCCUCAGAACGACGACGCGAGUUGGGCCAAAGACCCGGACUAUCAGCCCCCACACGGCGCAUUCAAAAAGCCCAAGAAGGGCAAGAAGAGCCGUCUGCGUUACGGUGAAGGAGAUAAAGACAUGGAUGUCAGUGUCUACGACUUUGAGGAGGAGCAGCAGGAGGGCCUCUUGUCUGAGGUCAAUGCUGAGAAAGUGGUGGGCAACAUGAAGCCACCCAAACCUACCAAGAUCAAGAAGAAAGGCGUGAAGAAGACGUUCCAGUGUGAGCUGUGUAGCUACACGUGCCCUCGACGCUCCAACCUGGACCGACACAUGAAGAGCCACACGGACGAGAGACCUCACAAAUGUCACCUGUGUGGAAGAGCCUUCAGGACGGUGACCCUGCUGAGGAACCAUCUCAACACGCACACUGGAACUCGUCCGCACAAGUGCACGGACUGCGAUAUGGCGUUUGUGACCAGCGGCGAGUUGGUCCGCCAUCGUCGCUACAAACACACGCACGAGAAACCCUUCAAAUGCUCCAUGUGUGACUACGCCAGUGUGGAGGUGAGCAAACUAAAGCGUCACAUCCGCUCCCACACUGGGGAACGUCCAUUCCAGUGCAGCCUUUGCAGUUAUGCCAGCAGAGACACGUACAAGCUGAAGAGACACAUGAGAACACACUCAGGAGAGAAACCUUACGAGUGCUACAUCUGCCACGCCCGAUUCACCCAGAGUGGAACCAUGAAGAUGCACAUUCUGCAGAAACACACGGAAAACGUGGCAAAAUUCCACUGCCCACACUGUGACACGGUCAUCGCACGCAAGAGUGACUUGGGGGUCCACCUUCGUAAGCAGCACUCCUUCAUCGAGACCGGAAAGAAGUGUCGUUACUGCGACGCCGUUUUCCAUGAGCGCUACGCCCUGAUCCAGCACCAGAAGUCCCAUAAGAACGAGAAGAGGUUCAAAUGUGACAUGUGCGACUACUGCUGCCGCCAGGAGCGCCACAUGGUCAUGCAUCGGCGAACGCACACCGGGGAGAAGCCGUACGCCUGCAGCCAGUGUGAGAAGACCUUCCGGCAGAAGCAGUUGCUGGACAUGCACUUCAAACGCUACCAUGACCCCAACUUCAUCCCCACGGCCUUCGUCUGCCCCAAGUGUAGCAAGACCUUCACUCGCAGGAACACCAUGGUUCGCCACUCCGAGAACUGCAAUGGUGAGGUGGAGGAUGCCGAGAACGGAGCCCCAGCCCCGAAGAAAGGAAGGCGAGGGAGGAAGAGGAAGAUGAGGAGCAGGAGAGAUGAAGAAGACAGCGAGGACGAUAAUGCUGAGUUGGAUGAAGAAGAAGAGGAGGAGGAUGAGGAGGAGGAGGAAGAGGACGGAGAAGGUGUUGGCGAGGAAGAGACCUCACUGCUGCAAGAAGAAGAAGAAGAGGAGGAGCCAGAAAGCAUGGAACUGGACCAGGCCCCCGCUGCCAUCCCAGUACCAGCUCCUGACGAGCCACCUGUCAAGAGGAAACGAGGCCGUCCCCCAAAGAACGCUCCCAAGCCGCCUCCCACACCGAGCAGAUCCGCCAGGGUGGCCGCCAAGGCAGCGGCUUCUGCCGCUGCUCUCGUCCAGCUGGAGGAUGAGAGCACCGGCGCAGUGGAGAACAUCACGGUGAAGAAGGAGGACAGCCAGGCGCCCGAAGCGACGCCCGCCGAGCAGGGAGCGGCCCCGGCGGCGGAGGGGGCGGAGACUGUCGAGCUGCCCGUCAACGAGGACACGGCCAGCGCAGCGGCAGCUGCCAACGGAGACCUGACUCCGGAGAUGAUCCUCAGUAUGAUGGACCGGUGAAUGAGUGAAAGCCGGCUGACGCACACUAACAUUUCCACAACCAGGGCCCCGUCUUCACGUACCAGCCGCGUGACGCCGCUUGGGCCCCCCCCCCUCCCCCCCAUUGACGUGGCUGCGAAAAGAUGGCGGCGGGAAAAACGAGCGACGCCGCGUGUAAAUAUUUCUACACACACACACACUUCAGAUCCAUGUCCAUCAACUGCAUACUGAGGAUUGUGGAUGUCACACAAACACACGCUGACAUCUCCUGCGUCGCGUACAGACGUCGUCCACGCUAAUGACAGACGGCUCUAAAAUGCUUCUUUCCCGUUUGAAAGUCCUCUAAGUGAAUCGUUGUGUAUUUUGCUACUCGUUUCUACCACAAAGCCACAUCCUGUGCCGGUGCUUCGCACACACACACCUCGCAGCAGGAGACCAUAGAUGAUCUACAUUCACGCUGACUCGCUUGCUCUUCUUGCUAAUGCGCAGACCCAAACCUUUUUACAUGUAUGCGUGUGUGUGUAUGUACAUACAUCUACAUGCAUACGUAGUUUUGUUUUUAAUGAAACCUAGUAUGUCUAAUGAGAUACCACCACUCCGUAUAUUCUUUUCGUUCCCUCCUCGGCCGGUUCGCUCACGGAGGGGGAAGUUGACACGGGGGAUUAAUUAGUGAGAAAAAGGACACCAGAAGAUGCGUUCCAAUGAACCCUGAGCGGUCCAGUAGCUAUGGACACUUUCCCUCAGUCGGCUCCUGCAAAGGACCAACUCGCGUGCUUUUUAUUCGUGGCGGAUGGAAGAUGACGUUCCCCCUCCUCCCCUUCGUACCCGAUAAUGUACUUUUUUUUUUUUUUAAAUGAGUUUAUGCACCUGUCGUGAGCUGUGGUUCCGCCUCCUGCCGUGUCCGAGUCUGUACAUGCUGCACUAAAGUCAAUAAAAGCAGAUUGGCUCAUUGUCAGCUGAUCAUUUCAUCAUUUAUGUAUCCGUAAGGGAUCAUUAACGGCCUGCAGGUAAAUACACUAACACGUGUUGAAAGGUUUCCUGGCGGAGCGUCGCGGUUCUCUCUCGCGUGCUGAAUCUGUGACGCUCAGCUAGUACGAUGUCUGUAAGAACCACCGACCCGCCUUCUUGUAACCUCAUAUGUGACUUACCGUUAUCGGGGAGGCGUUCUCAGUGUUUUUAGCCCACGGCUUUCCUCUCGUCAUCUACAAGAGAAUCAACGCUGAUCAAAUGAGUCGAUCCCGCCACUUGGCUUUGUGAGUUUGACCACAGGCCGCUUCAAGAAGUGGUCGUCCUGUCGUCGGUAGAUGGAGACACUUAACCUCUGUAGCAAGAAGACGUAAGACGUCCACCAUGAGAAGCACGGACACCGGUGGCCGUCUCCGUGAAAUCGGACGGCUCAUUCUGUGAGGCACGGCGUCCAAAAUGUCCUCAUUGUUCUGCUGGAGGACGGAACAACAGCCCUGCUUUUGGUUUUACACAACGCAUGGUCCUUUUUUGACAGAAUUGUUUUUCGAGGCGUCCCUGUUUAGAAGGCAGGAACGCGAGAAACCUUUUGUCUGCAUGUUGGAAGAUGAGACCGUACGGCUGACCCAAAAAUAAAAUCCUCCCAAUAUCAAG